AGCCUGUCGCCCGUCGCCUGGUACGAAGUAGCCUGUCCAGCGCCCAGCGUCGUCUCGCCCGCCCGCGAGCUGCCUCCGCUCGCUGAUCGCAGACCCGCACACCGGCGAGCUCUGAGAGCCGCCCCAGCACCGCACCCCUCGACGAGCAGCCCCGACGAGCCGCUGCCGUCGCCUGCCACCAUGGACGCCGCGGGCCAGCCCAACCUGCGCAUCACCAUCAUCGCCGCCGAUGGCCUGUACAAGCGCGAUGUCUUCCGCUUCCCGGACCCCUUCGCCGUGGCCACGAUCAACGGCGAGCAGACGCGCACCACCAGCGUCAUCAAGAAGACGCUGAACCCCUACUGGAACGAGAGCUUCGACAUGCGCGUCAACGAGGAGAGCGUGCUCGCCGUCCAGAUCUUCGACCAGAAGAAGUUCAAGAAGAAGGACCAGGGCUUCCUUGGCGUCAUCAACGUCCGCAUAGGCUCCGUCAUCGACCUGGAUGCGGGGGGCGACGAGAUGCUCACCCGCGACCUGAAGAAGUCGAAUGACAACAUGGUCGUGCACGGCAAGCUGAUCCUGAACCUGUCCACCAACCUGCAGGCCCCCAUCAACAACCAGGCCGGCGCUGCUGCUCCGCGGCCCACGGCCUCGUCCCACCCCUCCGUGAAUGGCUCCGCCGCCGGCGUCUCGACCCCGCACCAGUCGACCCAGAGCCUCAACCCCAACGCCUACCCCGGCCAGCGUCCAGCACCGUCCGCCCAGGCUUCGGCGCAGCGGCUCAGCCAGGCAGGCCCGACAGGCCCGCCCACCACCGCGCCGCCCGUCUCCACCAACGGCGCGCCUGCAGCAGGACAAACGCAGAACCCGGGGUACAGUGCGUUUGAAGACGCGCAAGGACGGCUGCCCAACGGGUGGGAGCGUCGCGAGGACCACCUGGGCCGCACGUACUACGUCGAUCAUAACACGAGGCAAACGACCUGGAUCAGGCCCGGCGCUGGCUUCAGCGAGAGCGAGAACCGCACCGCAGUCGCAGCAUCGACCCAGCAGGAGCGUGUCCGCCACCAGAAUCGCAUGCUGCCCGAGGACCGCACAGGAGCCAAUUCUCCUACCCUCGCCGAUCGACAGCCUUCCCCGCCAAACGCAGGUGCUGGUGCUGCUAAUGCUGCGAGCAUGAUGGCGACCGGCGCUACUACCGCUGGCACAGGAGAGCUGCCUUCAGGCUGGGAGCAGCGACACACGCCAGAGGGGCGACCUUACUUUGUGGACCACAACACGCGCACAACCACCUGGGUGGAUCCCCGCCGACAGCAGUACAUCCGCAUGUACGGCGGGCAAGCGGCCAACGGUAGCACCAUCCAGCAGCAGCCCGUCUCCCAGCUCGGACCUCUGCCCUCUGGGUGGGAAAUGCGACUCACAAACACUGCACGUGUGUACUUUGUGGAUCACAACACCAAGACGACAACCUGGGACGAUCCGCGACUGCCGUCUUCCCUGGACCAGAACGUGCCGCAGUACAAGCGUGAUUUCCGCCGCAAGCUGAUUUACUUCCGCUCGCAACCCGCUCUCCGCAUCGUCAGCGGCCAGUGCCACGUCAAGGUCAGGCGAACGCAUAUUUUCGAGGACUCGUACCACGAGAUUAUGCGCCAGUCUGCUGCGGACCUGAAGAAGAGGCUGAUGAUCAAGUUUGACGGCGAAGACGGUCUGGAUUACGGAGGUCUGUCUCGUGAAUUCUUCUUCCUGCUCUCGCACGAGAUGUUCAACCCCUUCUACUGUCUCUUCGAGUACUCGGCACACGACAACUACACGCUGCAGAUCAACCCCCACUCUGGCAUCAACCCCGAGCACUUGAACUACUUCAAGUUUAUUGGACGUGUAGUCGGACUCGCCAUCUUCCACCGUCGCUUCCUGGACGCCUUCUUCAUUGGUGCGUUCUACAAGAUGAUCUUGAGAAAGAAGGUCGCACUGCAGGACAUGGAGGGUGUCGAUGCCGACUUCCACCGCAACUUGGAGUGGAUGUUGAACAAUGACAUCACUGACGCGCUGGAGCUUACUUUUGCUACCGAUGACGAGAGGUUUGGUGAGACUGUCAGCAUUGAGCUGAAGCCGGGCGGCGAUGAUCUCGAGGUCACGAACGAGAACAAGCACGAAUACGUCGAGCUGAUUACAGAGUGGCGAAUCCAGAAGCGAGUCGAGGAGCAGUUCAGCGCCUUCCUUAGUGGAUUCCACGAGCUCAUUCCUCCGGAUCUUGUCAACGUCUUCGACGAGCGCGAGCUUGAGCUGCUCAUCGGUGGUAUUGCUGAUAUCGAUGUCGAAGACUGGAAGAAGCACACCGACUACCGCGGCUACACGGAGAACGAUGAGGUCAUUCAACACUUCUGGAAGUGCAUUCGCAGCUGGGACGCCGAGCAGAAGUCGCGCCUGCUGCAGUUCGCAACCGGAACCUCGCGUAUCCCCGUCAACGGAUUCAAGGAUCUGCAGGGUAGCGACGGGCCCAGGCGCUUCACGAUUGAAAAGGCCGGUGAGCCCAAUCAGUUGCCAAAGUCUCACACAUGUUUCAACCGCCUCGAUCUCCCGCCGUACAAGACGUUCGAUGCGCUCAACGGCAAACUCACCAUCGCCGUGGAGGAGACCGUGGGCUUCGGCCAGGAGUAGACGUUGUCGUGUCAUUCAUUGCAUUAGUGUAUA